AUGAGAACCUCAAUUGCCGCCCUUGCUCUCGCUCUCUCCGGCUCUGCCGUGGGUGCCCCGUUCUUUAACGAUACUCACAUUGCAUCCAACUCUUCUGCUGUGUCGACUCCUGUUCAUCUGUCGACCAACUCGCCUCUUCCCACCGGCAGUGGUGUGAAGGGCGGAGGGGCCAUCGCCAUCCCGACGGAUCUUCCAUCCCUGGCUUCUGAUGCUCAGUCGGUGGCUGCAGCCCUCGCUUCUCUCGGUGCUGGCGCUCAGAAGCGCGGCGAGUCUCUGUCGAUCCCCACAGACCUUCCGUCCUUGCUGGAAGAUGCCCAGUCUAUUGGCAGUGCUAUUGCGUCCGCUGAUGUCCAGAAGCGUGGCGAGUCUCUGUCUAUUCCUACGGAUCUUCCCUCGUUGAUUUCUGAUGCCCAGUCGGUUGCGGCUGCGCUGGCAUCCGCGGGUAUCCAGAAGCGCGGCGAGUCGCUUUCCAUUCCCACAGACCUUCCGUCUCUUUUGGAAGAUGCUCAGUCCAUUGGCAGUGCUAUUGCCUCCGCUGGAGCCCAGAAGCGUGGCGAGUCUCUGACAAUCCCUACCGAUCUCCCCUCUUUGCUUUCUGAUGCUCAGUCGGUGGCUGCAGCCCUCGCUUCUCUCGGUGCUGGCGUUCAGAAGCGCGGCGAGUCUCUGUCGAUUCCUACAGAUCUUCCAUCCUUGCUGGAAGAUGCCGAAUCCAUUGGCAGUGCUAUUGCCUCCGCUGGUGUCCAGAAGCGCGGCGAGGGGACUCUUCCUCUCUUGACCCCCACUGGCACUCCGACUCCUACCGUUCCAUUUGGAACUCGCUUCCCUAAGCCUUUCAGCACUCUUUUCGCUUCCUCUUCUGUGGCCGCUUCCUCUUCUGGUGUUGCUUCUCCUUCCGGGUCUGCUUCUUUGUCCGGUAUCACGUCGUCAUCUACCGCCCUCUGA